GAUCAAGAUAAAAGAUACACGCAAGCAAUCAACACUCAGAAAAGUGCUGAUUAAAGUUGCCACCUUUCAUUUUGUCGUUCCCUUUCGUCGCUGAACAACUUCAUCUGGAUUAACUCAACAUGGGAAGUGAUAUGAAGAUUCUAAUUUUCAUAGCAGCGACAUCGGUUUUGGUAGCAGUGGUGAUAUGUGUGCCAAUCCAACAGACCCACAGCAGCAAGAAGCCAAAUAAACUCUUGUUGAUUUCUUUUGAUGGAUUUCGCUGGGAUUACGAUCAGGACGUCGAGACACCACACCUGGACUAUUUGGUAACAACGGGAGUAAAGGCAAAAUAUAUUAACCCACCUUUUGUAACCAUGACAUCGCCAUCUCAUUUUACAACCAUCACAGGGCGGUGGAUUGAAGAUCAUGGAGUUGUUCACAAUAUGUUUUACAACACAAAAACUAUGCUUAAACUACCUCAUAAAAUUACAUUAGGGAAGACAUCAUGGUGGGAUAAUGGAGUACUUCCUUUGUGGAUCACAGCUCAAAACCAGGGAAAAAAAGUAGCAUCAUUCCACUAUCCAGGAGGAAAUGUGACCUAUGGCGGACAAGCAAUCUACAGAUCUCUGGGGGAAUCACUGAUUCACCCUGAUGCUAAUGAGACAGAAUGGAGAAUAAAUAUCGAUAUGGUCUUGGAUUGGUUUGAAAAGGAAGACUUUGAUUUUGUAACGCUUUACUAUGGAGAGCCUGAUGGCGUUGGACACAAAGUGGGACCAGAAACACCACAGAGACGUGAUAUAAUCCGACAGAUUGACAGAACCAUUGGCUACUUAAUAUCCAGCAUUGAUAGGCACAAUCUGAAAGACCGGCUAAACGUUAUCAUAACCUCAGACCAUGGGAUGACAACAGUAAAGAAAAAGCCUGAAAUUAAUGAAAUCAAACUCUCAAACUACAUCAGUUUUAAAAAUGUCAAGUUCGAAUUAUUAGACUAUGGAGGAUUUGGGAUGCUUUUGCCCAAACAAGGAAAAACUGAAGAAGUUUACCAGGCACUGAAAAAUGCACAUCCACAUUUAAAAGUAUAUAAAAAGGAAGAAAUGCCUGAACAUUUUCAUUACAGCAAAAAUGAUCGUCUUUUGCCCAUCUUUGUUUAUGGAGACAAUGGGUAUUCUGUUAAUGGGAGAAUCAUCAUUUACUUCAACAAAGGAGAUCAUGGAUUUGACAAUGGAGAAAUGGACAUGAAGAUGAUUUUCCGAGCAUUUGGCCCAGAUUUCCAGCAUUCUUACCUGGCAGAGCCCUUUGACAGUAUUCACACUUAUCCCUUGAUGUGCAAGUUAUUGGGAGUGACACCAGAACCGAACAAUGGCUCAUUGGCAUUCACUCGUGGGAUGCUAGUAGGUUCACCUGACAAAAUACCAGAUUACCCAGGACCUCAGGAGGAUCAGACCAGAUCAGUUCGUUCCUCUGCAGUCAUAGGGUUAGGUGCUGUCCUUGCGUUUCUGGCCAUAGUAUUUGUAAUUAUUGUUGUAUGGAGUGCCAUUCAAAGAAACAAAAGAUCCAAGCGUGAAAACCCUUGCAGUGAUUCCCACAUUCCAAUAAAGGAGUUUAAGUUCUAAAUGGCUUAUCGGAGCAAUCGGUUUAUUAGCCUCACCAAAUUCAAACUGUUAAUGCAAACUGGAAAUAUGUGAGAAUUAUCUUCCUUGUGAAACUGUAGGUGGUGGCCCUUCCCUUUAGUAUAGUUUUAUCCAUUCCUAACAAUGUUCAAUUUAAUUUAGCUUAUUAUUGUCAUGUGUACCGAGAUACAGUGAAAAUCUUUUGUCUGAUAUCCUGUCAAAAAAAAAGACUAUAUAUGAACACAAUCAAGCAUCCACAGUGCAAAGCGAAAGGAUAAAGGGUACAACAUUUAGUGCAAAGAUAUAACACUGAAUUCUGAUUAAAGAAAAUUCAAAGGUCUCCAAUGAGGCGGAUGGAAAGUGAAAUGUAUUAAAAAAUGUUAUUUCAGUUCAUUAAAAAGAUGAAAGCCAGGCAAAACCUAACCUAACCCUCAUGCUGCUAUUACAUUUAAGCCAGGGCAGGAGUUCAUGUUUUGGAGACAUUCAAAGCAUCAGUCACAGGAUUUUCAAUGGACAUUACAUACAAAGCCUUUAGAUUUAAAGAGACAGAAGUCUAGAUAUUAAGGUGUGGCAUACAUUGUUAUUCUUUAGCUGUGGGGUCUGAGUGGGUCCAUUAAAGUUGCCAGUUGUGGACUUUUGUAACUUCCAUGAAACAUAUAUUGUACAUUAAUGUAAGUUUGCGGCUAACUUGCGGUUAUCCAUUUCUCAGACCCCCCAGCAUAAUUGAAGAACUUUACCAAAGUAAAAUAGUGUCAAUACUUGGAAAACUGAAAUAGAAACAAUAUUGGAAAUAUAUUUUAACUAUUUGCCAUUUUUUACUCAAUUACGGGCUAAUAAUGGGAAAAAAGCUCAUACUUAAAUUCUGGAAAAAUGCGCCCACACCAACAAUAAAAAUGUGGAUAUCAAAUAUGUUUGAAACACGACAUCUGGAAGAGAUGAGAUUCCUCUUAGCAGGUAAAGCAGACCGAUUCCAAAAGACGUGGUCUACGUUUUUGGAACUAUUACAAGCAUGAGGUGCAAUAGUGAUUUAAAAAAUAAAUAAAUAAAUAAAUAAAUAAAUGGUAUCAGGAUCUGGCAACGGGGGGUAAAACAACAAAAAUAGACUUGAUUGGUAGCCCCCUUUCUGCGGAGUUUAAUAUUAUAAUAGAGCGAUUGUUUCUACUUUCUUUUUCCUUCUUUUCUAGGGUCUACUUUCUUUCUUUACUUCCUUCUCUAACUUCUUUUCUAAGGGGCUUUCUUUUCUCAACACUCUCCUGCACCUUCACGACUCUUGCGCACUUUCCUUACUUCCUUUACUAUCUUUUCCUUAAAGUUCAAAAAAUGAAGCGGUACAAAAAAUGUAUUAAGACAUAUGUGUUGUGUAUUAUUGUAACUUGCCGUACUUCUAAUAAAAAUAAAUAAAAAAUAAAAAAAUAAAAAAACUAUUUGCCAUUUAACCUUUCAACUAAAUGAAAGAAUGAAACUCGAAUGGUUUCAAGGGGUAUGGGGAAAAAGCAGGAAAGGGGUACUGAUUUUGGAUGAUCAGCCAUGAUCAUGUUGAAUGGCGGUGCUGGCUCGAAGGGCCGAAUGACCUACUCCUGUACCUAUUUUCAAUGUUUCUAUAAUGACCUUUCAUCAGAAAAUGUUUGUGGUUUAUGGAGGUGAAUCAUCUCAGUUCCUGGAGAUGCUAAUUUAAAAUAUAAGGUGCAAUUUGCCUUUCCCAUUUGCAUUUUGUAUAAUUUACUUUAUUUAUUCAGUAGAAUGUAAUUGGUACAUGAUUAAUUUUCUCUUUUCUUCAAAACUGAAGCACCAAUUUGGAAAUUUGAUUAAUAUAUGAGAUUUAAUUAUGUAAAAUGAAAACAAUGUAUUGGCAUAAAUUAAUUGAAUGAGCAUUUUAUUGCAAAAUGAAUGCGUUUCUUUUUCUUCAAUACCAUCUUUCAGAUAAGAUAGUUAUUAAUUGACCUUUGGGAAUAUUCUAAGGCACUGUUCAAAGAACUGUAAGGACAACCCCCUGGUAUCUUGACCAAUUUUAAUCCUUUAAUUAAUAUGACCAAAGAAAAAAACCCAUCUGUUUAUCUGUGUGGUUUUUUGUGUAGGUAGGACAAUGCUUUUCUUAUGUACCCAGAAGAAUUGUUCUCUCUGAUCUACAAGGAAACAAGAGAAACAAAAUCUCACUUUUGGGCCCUAUUUAGGCAUAUUUUAUAUGAUAUAUUAACAAGUAAAAUGUAGUUUUUACAUCCACACAUCCAAAACUAAUGGAAUUGAAUUUCAAAGUGAAGUACAAUGAGCAGUUGCUACUACAUACUCCUUUUUUGGCAAUCCUUUGGUAUUGAGAUGACUCCAAUGAGGCCUAAGUGAGAACUGAACUCUUCCUUGGAAUGGGGCAGGCGAUGUUGAUAGGGCGAGCAGUUUGUGAGAUCAUCCUUCCCAAACUUAGUUUAGUUUAUGGUCAUGUGUACCGAGGUACAGUGAAAAGCUUUUUGUUCAAUGCUAUGCAGGCGGCAGAAAGACUAUACAUGAUUACAAUCAAGCCGUCCACAGUGUACAGAUACAGGAUAAAUGGAAUAAUGUUAAGUGCAAGAUAAAGUCCAGCAACAAAAGAUACAGCCCUGCCAACAGUCUGUCUGUUUUUUCAUAUUUUUUAAAUUUUUAGUGUGUUUUAAAAGUCUGUAUGUAUGUUCUC